ACGACUACGUUUUACAUCAGAAAGAUGUCGGUCAAACUAAGUAACGCGUGUCAGCUAUUAAUUGGAUGCAAAAAACUACAUUCCCUCCAAAGCUUCCCAAAGCAAAGGUACCAAAAAGGGAAAAAAUUUUCCGAAAUUCUAAUCUCAAACACGAAACUGGAUUACUUGUCUGGCUGCUGCUGCUUUCUCUCUUCUGCUGAGACUAUGAGCAAAGGUCUAAGCGAACAGAGAAAAGAGAGAGAAAGAGAGAAAAUGGAGGUGGAAUCAGGUGAGGACAAGAGCAACUGCAACUGCAUCAACGAUGCUAAAAGUCAACGGCGGGUAGGCUUAAUUUACGAUCAGAGGAUGUGCAAGCAUCGUACUCCUGAUGGUGAUUAUCAUCCCGAGAAUCCCAAUCGCAUCACUGCCAUUUGGAACAAGCUCAAACUCGCCGGCAUUCCCCAACGAUGUGUGCUUUUAAAUGCAAAAGAAGCCGAGGAUAAAUACAUUUGUGCUGUUCACUCCAAAAACCAUGUUAAUUUGAUUCGAAAUAUAAGCUCCAAACAGUAUGAUUCAAAGAGAAAUCGGAUCGCAUCCAAGUUAAAUUCUAUAUAUUUGAAUGAAGGAUCAUCAGAGUCUGCUUACCUCGCAGCCGGCUCUGUCAUUGAGGUUUCUGAGAAAGUGGCAAAAGGGGAAUUGGAUUCUGCUUUCACUAUUGUUAGGCCGCCUGGACAUCAUGCUGAGUACGAUGAAGCAAUGGGAUUUUGUUUAUUCAACAAUGUCGCUAUAGCAGGAAGUUUUCUACUUGAUCAAAGGCCUGAACUUGGUAUAAAGAAGAUUUUGAUAGUUGAUUGGGAUGUUCAUCACGGUAAUGGUACUCAAAAAACUUUCUGGAAGGAUCCUCGUGUUCUGUUCUUCUCUGUUCACAGGCAUGAGUUUGGCAGUUUUUACCCUGCUAAUGAUGAUGGUUUUUACACCAUGGUUGGAGAAGGACCAGGUGCAGGAUAUAAUAUAAAUGUACCUUGGGAGAAUGGCCGGUGUGGGGAUGCUGACUAUCUUGCAGUUUGGGACCAUAUUUUAAUUCCCGUUGCCAAGGAAUUUAAUCCUGACAUAAUUAUAAUAUCUGCAGGAUUUGAUGCAGCUGUUGGUGAUCCUCUAGGGGGUUGUCAGGUAACACCAGACGGAUACGCAGUUUUGUUGAAGAAGUUGAUGAAUUUUGCUCAAGGUAGGAUUGUUUUGGCAUUGGAAGGAGGAUACAAUCUUGAUUCUAUUGCAAAUUCAGCCCUGGCUUGCAUGGAAGUUUUGUUAGAAGACAAACCUGUUUCCAUAUUAUCAGAGGCAUAUCCAUUUGAGUCUACAUGGCGAGUAAUACAAGCGGUUCGCCAGAAAUUGAGUGCAUUCUGGCCAACACUUGCAGAUGAAUUACCAACAAAGUUGACCAAUAAAAAGGCUCCUCCACAUAUUCUAUUGUCAAGCUCUGAAUCUGAUGAUGAGGAUGAUGAAGCUUCGAAAAUCAUAUCAGAAGACCUAGUUGAAGCUGUUGAGGAUGUUGUAGAACCCCUUUUGAAGUUGAAGAUUGAAGAUAAUCAUGAUCAAGCAACUAGUGCCCAGUGGAGAUCAGGGCUGUCCAAGACUGACAUUUGGUAUGCCACUUUUGGAUCAAAUAUGUGGAAGUCAAGGUUCCUCUGCUAUAUCGAAGGUGGACAGGUUAAAAGUAUGAAAAAGCCAUGUUCUGGUUCAAUGGAUAGAAACCCUCCAAAGGAGACUCUCUGGAAAACUUUUCCUCACCGUCUUUUCUUUGGUCGCGAUUUUUCACAAACAUGGGGUCCCGGAGGGGUUGCUUUCCUUCAUCCUCGAAGCAACGGCCAAGAUAAAACUUUCAUGUGCCUCUAUAGAAUUACGCUAGAGCAGUUCAAUGAUGUUUUGCUUCAGGAAAAUGUUCCAGAUCAUGACAUGAAUUCUCCUUUGUUUGAUCUAAAUGCUUUGGACUCCAUCCCAAAUGAAGGUUCUUUUUCUGUGGAGGCUGUCAAGAGAGGCUGGUACCAUAACGUUGUUUACCUGGGAAAGGAGAAUGAUAUCCCUAUACUGACUAUGACGUGUUCCCUCUCAGUGAUCGAAAGAUUUAAGUUGGGAGAGAUUCCUUUGCAUGCUCCUAGCAAAGAAUAUGCCGACACAUUAGCAAGAGGUCUGGUCGAAGGCAAACAGCUAUCAGAAGAGGAGGCCACGGCUUACAUACAGGAAGCAACUGCAAAACCAUUAUGAUUGCUGAUUGCGUUGCCACAUUUUGGACGCAAAUAUCUUAAGUAAUAGCAUUGAUGGUACAGAGUAAAGCAGUUCUUGUUGCCCAAACAACAGUGGAUGAUAUCGAUAUGUGUGAUAUACAUCCAUUGUGUAUUUAGUUUGUAUUUUAGAAGCUGUAGCCAACUGUAUGGUAUAACUAGCUAAUAUUUAAUGGGUUAAUUGCUGUCUCUCGGCACCUACAUUCAGUCCCUUGUGUGUAGUAGCCAUCUUGACGGUGUACCUUUGGCUAAGAACACCGCAAGCACUACCGUAUGAUUUUGCAACAGGAGAAUCAUGUUUUUCUAAUUCAUGCAUUCACCUGCAUCCCCACCUCCCAAAACCCAAAGGAAACAGUGUCGUAGUAAAGGCUUUCUGUAAUUGCCCUCCAACGAGGAUCUGUCUCUUUCUUGCUUUAAAACAGAUUUUUUCUAGUUAUUCCUUUUUAGAACUAGAAAAUGUUAGAUUCGUGUUUGUCCAUUUAGUUCAAAUAUGUGUAAAAUAUAAAAAUUAUUAUAUCA